CUCGCACGUCGCUUGGAGAUAUUUGACGUCAUUUGCCAACGCCGUGUAGGAAACACAAGAAUUCUUGAGUAUUACCUGACCAUCAUAGUAAAGCCCAAGACAAAUAUUUAUCCCUCUUGGGCUUGAAUUUUAGGCCUUUGCUUCCCUUCUUUCCAUCGAUAUCAUGUUUCGCAAGUUAUCGUACGCUGCUUGCGCCUUGGCGUUAGAUGUAAAGCACCGAGUGAAUAGCCAGCAGGAUGGAGGACUCCUACAAGAAAAUGCUCUGAGUAAACUCUGUCUUGAGAAAUGCUUACCGAAAAAAGUGAAUGCCGGACCAAACGACUGCCAGUUGUAUGUUGGUGACAGGAUCAAGCGAGCCGUCGGAUUUCCACAGCUAACGGCCUGUUGUAAGCCACUACGUUACAAAGAUUUUAUUAUUUCCUAUGAUACAAAGAACCGAAUUCCAAACUGGGUUUACGAACAUCUCCAGUACUACAAAUUCUACAAAGAUGACCCCUGCGACAGGAGAGUCAAUGUCUGCCCAUACAACGAAGAUUCAGCAAAUCUUGGAAACGAAAAGCCGAAAUUCCACCCUGACUGUCGUAUCCAUGGUUACCAUCGUGCUGAUGUUCGUGACUAUUGCGACACCGAGUACGAACUUGGUCUGAUGGCCGACCCAGCCAACUAUCCAUUUGAUGCCGAGGCUUGUGCCGAAACUCAGGUCAUGACCAACGUGGUGCCAAUUGUCCCAGGGUUCAGCUGUGGCCCAUGGUUCGAUCUGCAAUGCUAUAUUCGAGAAAAACUAGUGCGAGAGAACAAGAGUGUCUACGUGUGCUCUGGCCCUCUCUUUCUGCCUAGUGACAAUGAUGGCAAAGUCGAAAUGAAAUUUGAUGUCUUGGGCGAAGGUGAAGUGUCCGUUCCCACCCACUUUUUUAAGGUAAUUAUCAUUGAAACACACGACGGGAACCUUGAAUUGGAGUCUUACAUGAUGCCAAAUAGCAAGCCAGAAGAAGGAGAGGAGGUGAAACUAGAUGAAUUUCUUACUCCACUAUGCCAGAUUGAGCAUGCAUCAGGGCUCAUAUUCUUCCCUGAAAAGAAAGUCUGUUUCACUAGCAACAAUAAGAGAAGAGGCGCCCGGCUGCAUGCACUAUAAUCUAGUCUCUAAUAUAUUCCGUCACACCCAACUACUCCAGGAAUAGGUCAGAAUUCUUGCACUAGCAAUGGGACAUUUAAGCCAUCAAAUAAGAUAUUCAAUUGGAAGAAUUCUUCUACUUAAAAUGUGUUGACACAAUUGGCAUGGAGUAAACUAUGCUCCUUCUUAAGAUUGACAUCAUACCAGAAUACUUUUGAGAUCCAUAUUACUACUGUUAUUCAGGUUGUGUUUAACAUCAAAUGGUUAAUGUAUUUAACAGCCAAUAAAAUUUCACUUAACCAAAUGCAA